UCAUCAUCAUUAUUUUGGUAAAACUAUUCAAAUUUUUCUAAAAAAAUGGCAUCUUCAAAAAUUGUUUCAAAGUGUUUGUUAUUGUUUUGUGUGAUCUUAUGCAUAGAAUCAUAUCGAAAUUCAAAAGAAACUACAGUGAUAGUGGAUAAUCUUUUAAAAUGUGUUGGAUGGAAAAAUUUAGGGUAUGUAGGAAAAGUUACUUACAAAGCAAGAAACUAUUAUCUUUCGAUUAUUAUUAAAAAGAAAAUAACAACAAAUAAUUGUAAUACAAAAAUACGAAUUGCAACUAUUUUCCUUGGUUGCACAUACGCAUGUAUUUUAAAAGACAUCGUAAAAUCUAUUAAUUAUCUUCGAAUAAUUUGUUCGAAAAUAAUACAUAAUGAACUUUACAAAUCACAAGGUCGAACAUAUAUUAUACAACUACUAGAAAUUAUAUCCAAUGUACCUUUAUUUGCAAAAAAAAUGCAAGGAGCCUUGUUUGCUAUAGACGAACUGCAUAAUAUUCAAUGGAAAUUGAAUAAUAGAAAUACUUUUAUAUUAAAAUCAGUAUUUAAUGUGUUAAAAUAUUUAGAAAACCGAGUAAACGAUUAUUUUACAUUGUCCGAGAAUUAUGAAGACGAUAAAAUGCUACUAUAUAGAAUAAAAAUGAAUAUAAACUUAAUUGACCAAGAAAUAACCAAAGAAAUCGGCCGUUUUAAAAUUUCGGAACCCGAACAAAAAAUAGCGCAAAAAUUGAAUGAAGAAUUUAAUAAAUAUAAGGAAGAAAGGAUUGUAGAAUUUUAUCAUUUUGGAACAAACUUUGUAAUAAGAGAAAUCAAUUCUAUGAUGGAAAAAUAUUUUACUAAACUAGGUUUCGAAAUUAAUUCGGAAACAGGGAUAACAUUCAUUCCAGAUUCGUUAGAUCAUUUAUUUCAAGAUGAAUGAAAAAUUUGAGAUGGAACGGAAGACCAUACUGAAAAAAUACUUGAAAUUAUCAACUUUGAUUAAAAUUAUUUUUUCAUUCAUGUAAAAUAUAACAUAGCUUUUAUUUGAACCUAAAUAUCAUUAGGCAACACUUAAAAAAUUUAUCAGAAUUAAAAUAAUUACGGCACUUAGAUAAUUUUACAUUUUUUCUAUAACACGUCUUUAGAGAAAAAGAUUGAGGAACUUCGUACUUAUUAAUGUUUUAAAAAAGUUUUAGAUGUUGUCUACAAAAGCGCUGUUUUUAUGGGUUAUAAUAUACAUAUAACAUCAAAUACUCUUAAAAACAGUGGUUUUGUGGACAUCAGAUGUAACUUUAUCAAAUUAAUAAGCCGCAAUAUCGAUACAGUGUGUGGGGAUGUACAUAGAACUUACUUCUUAUUUUUCAUUUUUAUUUUUUGUUAUUAUUAAAUUAAUUUGUCUAUUGAAUUUUUGUAACUUCUCCGUAUUAUUAUUGUCACCUCAGUUUUUUUUUUAAUUAAUAUUCAAUAGUGAAAUAAUUUUAAAG